AAGUCUAAUGCAAACAGUCAUUACUAGAGCUUGGUGCCUGUAUUUAGUUUAUAUAUAUUGGUGGUUACCUCUCUCUGCAGCCAAGCAGGACCGUAACCCUAGGAACACCUAGUCUGCCCCGAGCAGACUCAGGCCCACGAUCCGCCCACUGACACCUGAUACAAUGACCUGAGGCCUGAGUCACACAAAUAGAUCAAUGAAUCAAUCAAUGAAUCAUAGCCAAGGAACAUACACCCAUACACUAUGCAUAGUUGUACUUUACAGGAUGCAGCCUAUGUGUACAGUGUGUAUGUUGUGUGACUGUUAGCUAUGGAAUAGAGAGAGUGAAGUUGUAUUCCUUCCUAAGAUGUCUCAGUCAGUGUCCUUCUCUUAACAUAUUAGUCCGAUGGAGCGCUCUAACUCUGUGUGCCCAUGUGAUUUCCCUUGUCAACUCAUGUUCCCUGCUAAUGUGCCUCAUGCGGCAAACAUACCCUCCUCCUGUAAGGGUUGAGUAGACGCUAUGUUUUUCAGCCGGGACUACUCGGUAGGUCCCAGCAGUGGCAGAAACUGGACUGAAGUGAAUUGAUUCGUGGGGGAUUAGAGAUUAAGAUUUCCCCUCCCGCUCAGAUGGGCUUUAGUGGAGUAAAUCUGGGGAUUAUGAUGUCAGAGGCCCGUGCUUGUCAGAGAGGAAAUUUAAUUGUCAGAGGAGUGCUGAUGGCUAGGAUUAUGGCACGGCCAGUGAGGAAAUGUAAGAAUGGGAAGCCAUGUCUGUGCCAUAUCCCUGUACAGUGAAACCUACAGGGAAGAACAUCAACCACUAUUGGAAUUUGAGAGUUGGUGGUCCAUGGCGCUGAGUGGAUUGUUCAGAUGCUUAGUCAGUGAGAGAGAGAGAGUUUUUUUAUUAUCUUCUGCCUGCCCUUAAUGCAUCCAUGUCAAGUGGUAAGUAGUCUUGAUUGUGUUUAUUAUCUAAGUACUGUACGCACUAUAAUUCAGCAAGUUAGCUCACUAAUGUUCUAAAAUGACAUAUGCCACAUGGUAAAACCCCUCGUUCCUGUUGAUCUCUUCGCAUUCUUAAAGCCCAUUCCUAACCGUGUGUGUGUGUGUGCGCGCGCGCCCGCGCACGUGUAUGUGUGCGUGGGCGUGCAUGUUUCAGCCUGCCCCUGCUGCUGCUAUUGAGGGGCUCACCAAGACCAAGAAGAUGAAGGUGAAAUGGACUCAGUUGGGCAUGGUGUUCUUCCUGUUGCUCUCCCUGGUCAUGACAGGAUGUUUCCUCUGGCAGUACCAGCUGCCAAAGUUACUGCCAGAUGAAGGCAUGGGAGGCAAUGCCAAAUCAGAACGGAUGUGCCCACGGUUCCCGGAGCCUCUCCCCCUGGAACACCCUAUCCCUACCCUGAAAGAGGCACUAGAAAAGGUGGACACACUGCUGCGCCAGAGUGUCAACCCUGCCAGUCUUCCCUCUUUGUCGGCCAUUGUGAUUUUCAAUGACACCGUUCUGUGGACUGGUAACUUUGGCAAGAGGAACGGAAGUGACCCACUCUCAGCUCCACCCAAUGAAUACACCAUCUAUAGGAUUGCCAGCCUUUCAAAGAUCUUCCCAACGCUGAUGCUGUACAGGCUGUGGGAGGAUGGGAAGAUUGCCUCUCUGGAUGACCCACUUGAGAAAUAUGUGGAGAACUUCACCAUUAAAAACCCUCUGGGCAAGUCACGGGACUCUGAGCUCAAGUACGUGACAGAUGGUCUGAUCUUUCUGGACAGUGGAGAGGUUCAGAUCCGCUCCUCCUCUGUCACCCUGCGCAGGAUGGCCAGCCAGCUCUCAGGUCUACCCAGAAGACUUAGAGCCACUAACCUGCUAUGGAAGGGGAAAACACAGGCUGCAGUGAAUCUGCUGCAAGACGAUGUCCUCGUUGCAGACCCUGGCACCAAAUGCCACUACAGUAACCUAGCCUUCUCCUUAUUGGCCCACGUCAUGGCUGAGAAGGUGGUGGGCAUGGACUACCAGCGCUGGAUCAAUGAUAACAUCCUGGAUCGGCUGGGGAUGGAGGAUACAGGCUUCGACAUCACCCCAGGGAUCCACAGCCAGAUGGCUGUGGGCGUCUACUCCAGUGGCCAGCCAGCCCCUCUGUAUGACCUGGGUUGGUACCGCCCCUCAGGCCAGAUGUUCUCCACUGCCGCUGACCUUGCCAAGCUGGCUAUGAUGCUGUUGGGGGCCUACCAUCGCAAGCUCCUGGAGCCUGACACCCUGAAAAUCAUGCUGACCCCUUUGUUCCGCUGUGAUAAGGACUACUUUGCCAACCGCACCGGCACACCAUGGGAGGUGAAUGAGCAGUUGGGCUACGAGGUGGUGCGUAAAGAUGGAGACCUAGACGGCUACUCAGCCACCUUCUCACUGGUGCCCAGGCUCAAGCUGGGCCUGGUAGUGCUGAUGGCUGGCACCAGACCUCAGAAGCAGGAUGUGUUGGCCAAGGCUUACAGCCACAUAAUACCGGCUAUGGAGAGGGCUUUCCGGGAGUCCAAGAAGAUCCUCAUCCCUCCCCCUAAUCCAGACCCUUACAUAGGCUUCUUCACCUACGGAAACAUCACUUUCUAUGAGAUCAAAGCUGGGGCAGACGGAGUUCUGAUCAUGCAGCAGUUUGGUCCCCAGAUUGAGGACCUGAUCCCAGAGAGAUAUCGGACAAUAAAGCUCAACUACCUGGUGGACAGGGUGUUUAGGGUGGUGUUUGAGAAAGAGUACCCUUGUGUCUUGCGGGUCAGCACCGCGUCUGUCUCCCUUGAGGCCCAAGACGGGCAGCUCUUUAACUUUUAUGUGUUUGACAAGCGAGGUCUGUCCCCUGGCUUCGAUGCACCAGGACUGAAUACAUACAAUGUGGUCAGGAUAGCCCAUAGGCCGACUUUCUCAAACUAACUGAACUCAUACAUUGGAAAGGCGCAUGAAUGUGCAGGAUGAAGGUCCUGUUUGGGUCUGUCGCCUAUAUUUAAUAGUGAUAUUCUAUAUUGAAAGAGCACAUUGCUGGAGGACAGUGAGUGGACAAUACCAUGAUGCAUUGCAAAAGAAGGUACACAGCCAGACAAAAAGGUGUUUAAUUUACCCAUUGUUGUCAACUCUUGUACAUAAUGUUUUCUUUGAUUUCCAUGUCAAAUAAUGGCAUUGUACAAAUUCAUACUUUUUAUACAGUUGGUAACCUGACCUUAAGCAUAUUAUACUGUACACAGUUACUGUAUUGUGGCACAGUAAUAGAGGGGUUGGUUGUUUAGCAACAAAACCGACGCGUGUGCAGCCAUGGGGCAAAAUAGACAGGUUUGGCUUGGAUUGUUGACAACAUGUACACUUUAUUUAGUCUCUUGAAAACAUAAAUACAUUUGCACAAUGAGAAGUUGUUGUCUCUCAAAUACAUUGUUACAGUUGUUGGUGAGCUAGCUAGCAACUUUUUGCCAUAUUAGCAUUGACAUGACAUCAGUCAAAACACCUCAAAACAAGACAUCGUAUCAAUAACAAGAUGGCAAGAGCUGAAACAAGCCCCACAUGGCAGUUUCUUGUCGUUCUUUGUAACAAUCUGGCCAUCCAGAAUGACAACAACAUGCUGUCUUCUGCCCCAUGGAAGCGUGCACAUCGUUUUCGUGAUGUUGUCAGCUAUCCCAUCUAUUGAGUCUUUCCUAUGUUCUGCACAUUGUUACUUUUAUCAGUUUGUUCUGUCCUUACAUUGCAUUUGUAAGCAAAAACUGCAUGGAAAUAUGGCAUGCGGGAAUCAAUCAACACAAUUAAAUUGUAACACUUUAAUUUG